AUUAAGAUAAAAAAAGAAAAGAAUUUCUAUUAUUGAUAUUUAUAGAUAGAAAUACACGUAUGCCAAUUUUCAAUCGAUUGAUGGACCGAAAAUUACAAACAACAAAAUAUGACCAUUACAACAACGACGACGAUACCCAUUAUCAUUAAUAAUAAUAAUAAUAAAACUGAUAAUUUAUUCGGUUUUAAUCGUCGAUUAAUACGUUAUUUAUUAUUAUGGUUUUUAUUCAGUGGUACAACAUUGUUUCUAAAUAAAUAUAUUGUUUCAUAUCAGAAUGGUGAUCCAAUGUUUUUGGGUGUCAUUCAAUUAUUAUGCUGUUCACUAGGCAGCUAUACAUAUCUAAAAUUUUGUCAUUAUUUUUCCAUCAUUAAUGAUCAUGAUGAUAAAUUAAAAUUACGUUCAUUUCAUCUCCAUUAUCUAAUAGCUAAUCCAUUUAAAUUUGCUUUGAUUGGAGCGUUUCGACUAUUAACUGUUGCAUUAGGUCUUGUUGCUCUUUGGUAUAUACCAGUAUCAUUUGCCGAAAUGAUUAAAUCAUCAGCACCAAUGUUUACAAUGAUAAUUUCAUUAUUGAUUAUACGGGAAAAAAUAUCAUUAAAAACUACCCUUUCUUUAUUACCGAUUAUGAUCGGUUUAUCAUUAUGUUCAGCAUAUGAAAUACAUUUCAAUCUAGUCGGAUUUGCAUUCGCAUUACUUGGAAAUUUAUCCGAAUGUACACAAAAUGUAUUAAGUAAACGAAUAUUAAUUAUGGAUAAAUAUGGACCAAAUCAAAUACAAUUAUUUACUAGUGCUUAUUCAAUUGUAUUACAAAUACCAUAUUUUUAUUAUAUUGUUUAUUGUCGUUUUGAAUGGCCAAUAACUAAUAUUCAAGAUAAUCUAAUUCUUUGUUUUAAUUAUUUUCUAUGUGGUUUAUCAUUUCAUCUACAAAGUCUAACUGAAUAUGCAUUAUUAAAUAUGAUUAGUCCAAUAUCACAUAGUGUAGCAAAUACAGUAAAACGUGCAUUAUUAAUAUGGUUAUCUGUAUUAGUAUUUGGUAAUCCGGUUACAUUAAUGUCAUGGUUUGGUACAGCAUUAGUUAUAAUCGGUGUUAUUAUUUAUAAUAAAACAAUACAACAACAACAACAAUCAUUAUUAUCAAUUCAAAAUAAUGAUGAUAAUAUUCCAUUCAUAGCUAGUAAACAAAUUGAUUCCGUAUGAUUUGAUUCGGCCACAUCUAAGUCAAAUUUUUUUUUGAAUUCAUUCAUUUUUGACAACAAGUGUCCUUAUAAUUAUCCCUUUUUUUCAAUCA